GGCGGGCGGAGCCUUUGCGCCAGGCGGAACCUGCGAGCGGAGCGGAAGUGCGGCUCCACGAGUGCGCCUCAGAGUGCAGCUAUGGGACCUCCCGGAGGAAAGAUCAAUCGUCCCCGCACGGAGCUGAAGAAGAAGUUAUUCAAGCGCCGGAGGGUACUGAGCAGGGAUCGGCGACGGAAGCGCCAGGUGGUCGGGGCUGUGAUAGACGAAGGGCUGACUACGAGGCACCACCUCAAGAAGCGGGCGUCCAGUGCACGUGCCAACAUCACGCUGUCCGGGAAGAAGCGCAGGAAACUCCUGCAGCAAAUCCGUCUUGCUCAGAAAGAAAAAGCAGCCAUGGAAGUGGAAAACCCCUCCAAGUCAUCCAGGACUAGUGAGCCACAGCCCAAAAGACAAAAGAAGAUGAAAGUUCCCCAGGAUGUAGAUAUGGAAGAUCUGGGAGAUGAGAGGCUUUAGCUCUGCCUCUGCUAUAAGAAGAUUCUCAACAGCAGCCAGAGGAUUUGGAGGACUUUGGAGAAAAUACUACCAUAUUUUACUCUCCCAAGACACCCUUUAAUGGCCCACUGACCUUCCCUGGAGUUACAUAUUGGAAGGGAAGAAGACACAGAAAGACUGGAGAGGUCCCGCUCCAGCAGCCAACUCCUUUUGUAAUAAAGUCCUGGAGGUUUAA